AUGCUUCAGCAAUUGCCCCAAGAUACCCCUCCUGUCUAUGUCACAAAUGAUAGAUCAGUUCAGAACUUGAUAGAUUUUAGUAGUAGGAAUGUUGUUCGCCUUUGCGUCUCUACGCGAUGCAUGGAUGGACAGCCGGUUAAGGAAUGUGUUAAUGAUAUAAACAACUCUCGUUCUAUCGACAAUGGGGAGCCAACAGAUGAAUUUGAUUACGAUGUAGAUCCAGGUGCCGAUGAAUGUGUAGAAGAAUGUCAAGAAGCUCUUCAUGAUACUACAUAUGAGAAGCCGAAAGAUGUUGAUGACAUGGAUUUCGACUACAGUGAGUACGGGAAAUUUGAAGAUGAAGAUGAUGAUGAAGAUGGAGAUCACCUGGAUGUAGAUGCUGAAGAAGGGAAACUGUUUGUUGGUGGUAUUCAUGGACAGUUAAAUAAUCCUUGGAUAGACCAACUGAAAGUAGGUCAUUGCUUUCCAUGCAAACAUGAUGUCAUAACAGAGGGGCGUUUGACCGCUAUUAUGUUAAAAUUCUCUUUCAAAAUUAAGAAGUCCACAAAGUCUCGGUUGGUGGCAAUAUGCUCUGUGCUAGGAUGCACGUGGAGGAUCGUGGCCACUGUGAAGAAUGAUCCAACCACUUUUUGGGUCACCAAAUAUCUGAACGUGCAUACAUGUUCUAUUGUGGACCGCGUAGCUCACCAUAGGCGUUGCACCUCCAAAUAUAUUGGGAUGCUUUUUGUAGACCGGGUAGGAAUAGUAGAUGGUGUUAUCCCACAACAUAUCGAAUACUCAAUGAGGGCAAUGUUCGGCAUGACAUUGGAUUACACAACUUCGUCCAGGGCUUUACAAUAUGCCUUGGAAUAUGUGAGAGGAAACGCCGAAUCUGGAUAUGCGAAAUUGCUUUAUUGUCUUAGAAAAAUAGAGCAGUCAAACCCGGGAAGUGUUGUUGACCUUGUUGUUGAUGACGAGCAUAGGUUUAAGUACCUUUUCCUAUCUUUCGAUGCUUCAAUCCAUGGUUUCAAUUACGUGAGGCGAGUUAUUGUGGUUGAUGGGACCCAUCUCACCGAAAAGUAUGAAGGUGUAUUGCUAGUCGCUUGCGCACAGGAUGGUAAUUUUCAGAUAUUUCCGUUGGCUUUUGGAACUGUCGACUCGGAGUGUGAUGCUUCAUGGGAUUGGUUUUUCACCAAAUUAAGUGAGUGUAUCUCGGAUGAAUAUCCACUGGUAGUAGUUUCGGAUAGGUGCAGUUCAAUAGCUAAAGCAUGUCGCAAUGUUAUGCCAUGGGCAACACGAGGGAUAUGUUACUACCAUCUCCAACAAAACAUAAUUUCUAAUUUCCGUGGGAAGCAACUGAUGUACUUGGUGAAAGGGGCAGCAUAUGCGCAUACGCAUGAUGAUUACAACCGCUACAUGGCUUCCCUUACUAACGUAAAUCCGGCCCUUGCAGCGUACUUGAAUGAGGCAGAUCCAGCUUUAUGGUCUUGGGUUUACUGUCCAGGAGAUAGAUACAACAUCAAGACCAUCAACAUUGCGGAAUCUAUCAACUUCAUGCUAAAGAAAGCCAAAGAUUAUCCCAUCACAUAUCUCAUUGAGUUUAUUACGAAAAAGUUAGGUAGGUGGUAUUGGAAAAGACGAGAGGAUGCACUUAGUCUGACAACCACUUUUAGCCGGGGUGUUGAGUUCUUAUUGGCCGUAAGAGAGCAUUACGCAGAUAUGAUGACGGUAGAACGCAUUGAUGGUUGGCGUUUCUAG